AUGAUCAACCGUUCUGCGUCUUUGAAAAGCGAUGCACCCAUGCUUCGAACAGGUUCAGCACAGGAGAAUGCACCUAGUCCUAGUCUGCAGGGUCUACACUUGAGGAUGCUGCUGGGAAAUUGCACGCUCUCACUGCGUCCAGAAGUGUUCCUGGGCGACCCUCUCUACGCGAAUCUGGUUGUUUUCUCUCGGAAUCUCUGCGGCGGUGACGGCGUGCGACUGUCGGUGUUCGUAGGUACGGCUAGGGAGGCCAGCGGGCUGGAGGUGUGGAUAGUCUCGGCUAGGAUGAAUUCGCGUGGUAAGGGUGCUCAUGAGCGCAUGCGUGGACGACGGAACUGCAAACGCGUACAUUUUGAUUCGAACGUUAGAUUUGAAUUCCUAUAUAUGGGUAAAUUCCGCUCUAGGAACGGCUGCCUUACCUGUCGAGCGCGCCGCGUUAAGUGCGACGAAACCCGUCCAGUAUGCAAAGCCUGUAGCAAGAGAAGCCGUCCUUGCCAGUGGGAAGAGCCACAUACCAAGUUCAAGGAUUACUGGCCUGAUGGACCUUCAUCAAGUCGAUCUGCUGCUGGUGGCACCGAUGACGAAACCGAGAGUAAGAGUGACAUGAUGGAAGUUGACGGUAUCGAAGGAGUCGACGGCAUUGGUAGAGGAGAUGAAGCCGUUCGCACAAACAGUUUCAGCGAGGAGAGUUUCAGCCGGAACACUUCACCGAGACGACGGAAAAACAGUCGGACCGACGGAGUAUCGGAGGGCCAAUCUACCAGCGUUUCCUCACCGUCGGCUCACUUAUCCCCAGGCUCACCAUAUUUUGUUCCUAGGUCCACGAGUACACCAGGUGGUGCGUCGGUGGCGAGUCUGCUGCAGUCGCCCGACCCGGCCGGCAUGUCAGAGGGCUCGCUGCCGAUGUAUACCCGUCAGGCAAUGCAGCAGGCGCACUCGCACUCGCAUAACCGAAGGGAUAUGCCAGAGGGGGCGAGAAACUAUCCACCUCAGCAUUUUUCUUUGACACAUGAAGAAGCCCUGCUGGUGCAUCACUAUACCGAAUAUCUUGGUCGUUGGCUAGACUGCACAGACGCCACACGUCAGUUUACACUGGGCGUGCCGGAAAAGGUCAAACAAUGCCCAGUACUUUGCCAAGCUGUCAUGUCCUUUGCGGCUCGCCACUGCAGAAAAGACGCAACAGCUGAAGCAGCCUACCAGCGCUGCAUUGUCCUGCUCAUCGAACGAUUGAACGAGCAAGCGGCUAGCCACGAUGAAACUCUUUUGUGUGCUAUCGUCAUACUGCGCUUCUAUGAGCAGCUGAACGUGCCGUCCAGCACUGGUUCUGAUGAUGAACAGCAUCUCGCAGGCUGCUCAGCCAUUAUUCGAUCAUCCCAAGGAAAUCACUACGUAGAUCCAUCAGCACCUACAUUGCGCGAAGCUGCUUUUUGGGUUUACGUACGCCAGUGCCUCUACAAUGCCACCAUCAACCAGCAGCCACCUGAUAUCGACUUCUCAUUACGGUUGCACCCAACCCCAAGCUCCCUGCGAGAUGCACACCCGCUGGCACGAUUAAGAUUGGAGACCGCUUGGGCGAACCAAAUGACAUGGAAUCUUGCAUGUGUUGUAAAUUUCUGCUUCGAUGGCAAGGAACCACAGAAUGAGAAAACUCACAAAAUGCGACAAUGGAAAGAGCUAUGGGACCUUGUCCAAACGUGGAUGCGUGACAGACCCGACGGUUUUAAUGCGAUCUUUGAAGGUCCAGCCAGCGACCAGGGCUCGUUUCCUGAGAUCUUGUUCACUGCCGACUGGCACACUUUGUCGUUUGUAUUUUACCACUUUGCCUGCAUUAUGCUGUUGCGUUACAAGCCAGGCCCGAAGUUUGCAAUCCGCAAUGUUGGGAGGCUUUCUGAAACGGAUCCUAGCAUGCACCGCAACGACUCGGUAACAGACUAUGACAGGCUACACAUUGAUAUGAGAGAGAUAAUGAGUUUUCAAUCUGCAUUGGACAUCCGGGUACUGGGCGUCUGUUGCGGAAGCGGGCUGAACCAGCUCAACUUCGCGCUGGUCCGGUACCGUCAGUCCUCACCUGACGCUACAUUGCGUCUAGAGCUCGUCCAAAGCGGCUCGAUGCCUACAUCGCCUCCUGUUCGGAACCAUAUCCUUACCUCCCUCCACGAAGCAGAACACGAAUCCUCGCCAGUGGCAUGCGCCAACGCGCUACUCGGUUACCUGUUUUCCAAAGGCAUUAGGAGCUUCUGCGAUAAGCACGACAUACCGCUUGCGUCCAUUGACCUGGUCGGCACACACGCGUUAGGUCUAAGGCGACCUGGUGUGCCCGAAAGCAACGAUUUGAACACGCAUCCGCUAGGGUGGAACGCCAAUGUCAGCGCUCAGACUGGCAUCAGUACCGUCUUUGAUCUUACAGUCGUUGAAGCCGGUCUCGUAAGGCCUCACAUAUCUCCUAUCGCCUACGUUGACAGACUGUUCUUGAGACACGCGUCUAAAUUUCGCGCAUGUCUGAAUAUUGGCGAGCUCGUAAAUUGCAGCUUCAUCCCUCCUCUAUCUGACGGGGGUGCUCGAGAAACAUGUUGUCGCGACUGCGGACCCGGAAGUCUACUCAUCGACUACGCCAUGAAAUAUUGCACCUCAAACGACCGAAACGAAGACAACAACGGAACAUUUGCGACGAAAGGGAAGCCUCACGAAGGCGUUAUGACACAAUUUCUUGAGACAUACGACUACUCACGCAUCCUGCCUUCGCUCAGCGUAGCCUGGGAAAUGUUUGGCGAUCACGAAGCGCAAAGACUCAUUGAUGAGUGUGUCUUCUUGGAACUUUCUGAAGCAGACAUCGUUGCUACUGUUACACGCGUAACAGCUGAGAACAUUCUGAGGCAGUACCGCAGACUCCUUGCGCUCAGUUUUCCUGCUGGUCAGAACGUCGACGAACUGUUUAUCAGUGGGCCGAGCGCGCGCAACGCGAAUAUCAUAGAUUACCUCGAAGCAGAGCUUCCCGAGAGCGUGAUAACGAAGCCUCUCGAUGAUAUAGGCAUACCGGGUGACGCAAACGAGGCCGUAUGUUAUGCGCACCUUGCGCUGGAAGCUGUGCUUGGACAGCCUGAACGCUACUCUGCAGAACUAUCACGGUCUUGGAGCCAGCCGGGCCAUGAAAUUGUACUGGGGAGAGUUGUGCGGGGCGAGAAUUGGGAAAACCUCACCACUUGGCUGCAGAAGUUUGCUGGUGGGAAGCCACGACGCCUCGCCAAAACCGUGAGGAUAGUCGGUAGCGUCGAAUCUGGCAUAAAAGACCUCGGGCUAUGA